AAGAACAAGAAGAAUCGAAGAAGUGAAGCAUUAGAGCUCACUGCUCACAUGGAUCAAUCAACCAUGGCUGAAGAAGCAGGUAUGUUUCGAGUACAUCAGACAAUUGGAAGUGUUCUUUGUUGCAAAUGUGGCAUCCCAAUGGCACCAAAUGCUGCGAAUAUGUGUGUGAAGUGUUUGCGUUCUGAAGUUGAUAUUACAGAGGGUCUACAGAAGCAUGUGAUCAUAAUGCAUUGCCCUGAGUGUGACACUUACUUGCAGCCUCCAAGAACUUGGAUAAAGGCUCAACUGGAAUCGAAGGAACUAUUGACAUUUUGUGUGAAGAGAUUGAAGAACUUGAACAAGGUCAGAUUGGUACAUGCAGAGUUUGUUUGGACUGAACCUCACUCUAAGAGGAUCAAGGUGAGACUGAGGGUUCAGAAGGAAGUCCUUAAUGGCGCAAUACUUGAACAAGCAUAUGUUGUUGAGUAUGUUCAGCAAGACCACAUGUGUGAGUCCUGUUCCAGGGCUCAGGCCAACCCUGACCAGUGGGUGGCUGCCGUCCAACUCAGGCAGCAUGUUUCUCACAGGAGGACCUUCUUCUAUUUAGAGCAGGUUAUUCUUCGGCAUGAUGCUGCUGUUUCUUGCAUAAAAAUUACACAGAUGGAUCAGGGUGUUGACUUCUAUUUUGCGAAUAGGAGCCAUGCUGUAAAAUUUGUAGAGUUCUUGGGGAAAGUUACCCCUAUCAGGAGUCGAAGUGACAAACAACUUGUAUCCCAUGAUUCUAAGAGCAACAACUACAACUAUAAAUACACAUUCUCUGUUGAACUCUGCCCGAUUUGUCGGGAGGAUCUGAUCUGCCUUCCACCAAAAGUAGCUAGUAGUUUGGGAAAUUUGGGUCCACUUGUCUUGUGCACAAAGGUGAGCAACAGCUUGACUUUACUGGAUCCUUUUACUUUAAGGCAUUCUUUUAUGGACGCAGACCAGUAUUGGAGGGCCUCCUUUGCAUCUCUACUUUCAAGUAGGCAGCUUGUGGAAUAUAUAGUGUUGGAUGUGGAGCCUAUGUCAGCUGAAGUCAAUGUUGGAGGCUCAAAAUAUGCUUUGGCUGAUGCACAAGUGGCCCGUGUAUCUGAUUUUGGGAAAAAUGACAAGAUUUUCAAUAUACGAACACAUCUUGGCCAUAUUUUGAACCCUGGGGAUUACGCCCUUGGCUAUGACCUCUAUGGGGCUAACACUAAUGAUAUUCAACUGGACAAAUUUAAAGGUCUUAUUAUUCCAGAGGCAAUUCUAAUAAAGAAGAGCUAUGAAGAGAAACGUCAAAAGCGACGUGGGAAGCCUCGUAAUUGGAAGCUUAAAUCCCUCAAUAUGGAAGUAGACAGCUCUACCAAAGCUAGAAUAGAUGAGGAGAAGAUGAAUAAUGAGUAUGAAGAGUUCUUGAAAGAUUUGGAGGAGAACCCAGAGUUGAGGUUUAACAUAUCAUUGUACCGUAAUAAGGAGUACCAACCAUCAGAGAUGGCAUCGAUGACUGAUGGGGAGGAUCUACCUUCUAUCCCACUGGAGGAAUUGCUUGCUGAUCUUGAUCUAGAUGUUGAAGAAGAUUUCAACGAGAGCAUGAGGGAGUGAUUGAUGGUUGUCCUUUUCAUCUGGUUUCAAUGUUAAUUUUUGUCGAUAGGAACCUGAUUGAUCUUUUAGUACAUGGACAAACCUGGUUAUCAUUUGUUUGUUGGAGAAGCUAGUACCUGAGUUUGGAAUCUUCCAGGGUUUAAAUGGUUAUCUGCUGCUGGGGUGAAAAAAUAUGGACACCAGGUAAAAGUUGUCUGUUAUUGUGUCGUUCCAAAGAAAGAAAUUCUGCAAGGAAUGAAUCUUG